CAUUCCCAGUUUUCCCCAUUCCAACAAAAUCUAAAAGCUUUCUCUUGUCCGAAAUGGCUCUGUCUCAAAAAAUGAGAUUGUCAAAUUAACCGGACAUCUCUUUUACAACCAUCUUUAGAGCCUCCCCUCACCGAUCUCUCAAGCCCCUGGUCUGUUCGUGUAGUUUUGUAAUGAGUAUGUCACAGUCCUAUGAAAACAAAGACAACAUCAUAAAGGAGGAAGGAAAUGUUACCCCUUUCUUAGCUGACAUGGAUUAUCGAGCUAGAGGAUCGGGAUCGUCUUCACCUAUCGAGGAUAAAGGCUUGAAUCAGCUGGUGGUUUAUGACAUUAAGGGUAAUGAUACUGAAGAAGAAGUUCCACCAGUUCCACCUCAGCCUCCAUCAUCCAAAACUCAGUUGAUUUCGCCUUCUAUCGGGGCGUUUACUGUCCAAUGUGCAAGUUGUUUCAAGUGGAGGCUCAUGCCUUCGAUGCAGAAGUAUGAAGAGAUUAGGGAACAUCUUCUUGAGAACCCGUUUAUCUGUGAAACAGCGUGUGAGUGGAAGCCAAAUGUGUCUUGUGAUGUUCCUGCUGAUAUCUAUCAAGAUGGUACCCGUCUUUGGGCUAUUGAUAAGCCGAACAUCUGUCGCCCGCCUGCUGGCUGGCAACGUUUACUGAGGAUUAGAGGUGAAGGUGGUACCAGAUUUGCCGAUGUCUAUUAUGUUUCUCCUUCAGGAAAGAAGCUUCGAUCAACUGUGGAGGUCCAAAAGUACUUGAAUGACAACCCUGAAUACACAAGACAAGGGGUGAAAAUUUCACAGUUUUCUUUUCAAAUCCCGAAACCUCUGCAGGACGACUAUGUGAGGAAGCGACCAGCUCGACUAAUGGAAUCCAGCGAUAAUUCCAACACCAAUGUAGCUAAAGAAGCUAAUCCACUGGCAUGGAUAUCUUCAGAUGAUCCUACAGCGUUGCAGCUAAGUACGCCAACUGAGUCAGGACUUCGCAUUUCACAUGAUCAACCAUCAAAAAAGAAAAAGACAUCAAAGGCAUCGAUCUUUGGCUCCAAUGAUGAACUUGCUAAUAGAUAAUCUAGCUAGACAAGGGUCAGAACUUUUAUCUUCGCUGGUAUAUAACCCCGUCUUCUUUCUUCGUCGGAAAAUAGAUAACAUUUUCGCUUUUUGGGUUGGGUUUAUCGAAGAAACUGAGGACAUGUGGUUAGCUUGUUUUGUGAAUACCAUCUAUAUUUUAUUAUGCAGUGUAAGCUAUUUACAGUUCUAUGAAGAAGAUGGUUGGUUUUUGUUUAUGGAACCUGAAGUUUAAUGUUUUAAAAUUAC